AUGGUCUUUGCAGUUGGCAGCAGCCGUCUGAGACAGAAACGAGCUCUUCUAAGCGAGGAGGACUCGGAGAACAACCGGAGGGGUAAAGUAGAAUACCUGGUGAAAUGGAAAGGAUGGCCCCCAAAAUACAGCACAUGGGAGCCAGAGGAUCAUAUCUUGGACCCUCGCCUGGUAGUGGCUUAUGAAGAAAAGGAAGAGAGAGACCGUGCAUCGGGGUACAGGAAAAGAGGCCCCAAACCAAAGCGCCUCCUACUGCAGCGGCUGUAUGGCAUGGACUUGAGGAGUGCCCACAAGGGAAACGAGAAGCUCUGUUUCUCUCUUGCACGGAGGUUUGGAGGAGGAGACAGUAGCCUGCCAGGGGCCAAGUCAGGGCAGGCAGAGUUCUCAGAGAAGACCGGGGGAGCGGUCCUGCCAUUCUCUCUCCGGAAGCAACGCAAAAACCAGAAGUACCUGCGACUGUCAAGGAAGAAGUUCCCCCGCAUGGCGAGCCUGGAGAGCCGAAACUGCAGGCGUGAGUUCUUCCUGAAUGAUGCAGUGGGCCUGGAGGCCAGGCAGGGCCCUGAGGACUGGGAGGCCAUGCAGCACACCAGCAAAGAAGCAGAUGUGGAUGGCAGUCUCCCUUGGAUUCCCACUGUGCCCCCCAGCGAAGUGACAGUGACAGACAUCACGGCAAACUCCAUUACCGUCACUUUCAGAGAAGCACAAGUGGCUGAGGGCUUCUUCCGAGACCGGAGUGCACAGUUCUGAAUCUCUGUUUUCAGUGCUCCCCAAAACCAGUGCUUUUAGGGUGGGGCUAGGGAAGGGUUAUUUUACCCCUUAAGAAAAAAAAAAUCCAAAAUGUCUCCUCUUAAAAUGUUUACAGAGACCUUUUUUCUUUUUUUUUUCCCCUCUCCUUUUCCCCCUUUCAGAUACGCAAAAAAAGGGCAGUGUAGGGGUGUGUGCUUGUCGUUGCUUUGUCCAUCUGAAAAACUGACAGCCCUUUCCCUGGCAAAGACUCCCCUCCUAGAUGUGAAAGCAGCAAGCUGAACAAUUCACCUUUUAUCCUGCUAAGUGGCGGCAGCUGCAUUUGUGGGGAGAGGGCAUGUGGAGGUGGAAAGAGAGCUGGAUCUCUAGCCUGCCGCCUUGUUCUGCAAUUGAUAUCCCUUGGAUAAAGAUACUUCUCUGUGCAUUGCUCUUCCCACCUUCCUCCUCCCUCUCUUCCUACAGCAGCGAGAGGUGAUGGAUCCUACCUGUGUAGAUAACUCCAGCCUGUUAAGACUUUCUCUCCAGUGCUGUUUUCCCUGUGGCCUGCUGUCAGGACUUCAGAACCAUAUUUGCCUGUCUGUGGUAAGUCAGCCUUUGCAGCACAGGUCCGUAUAGACAGCAGAGGUUUCUCCCUUUGAUUGUUGAUCAUGCGGAAAGACUGAAAUGCAUCUCUGAAAUCUAGAUUGGCGACGGAAAUUCAAUUUGCCCUCAUUAAAAGCUCAGAAACCCAGUGCAGUUGAGACAUGCCAUUCUGUAUAUGCUAAACAGGAUUUCCAGGCUCAGCUCUGCUGUGCGAGGAAUGCGCUAUGGAAAGUGGGGUGUUCUUACCCUUUGCCAAAUUCAGUAUUAACAACAAAUGCUGCCCUGAAUCGGUGGUAAUAAGUUGGUUGAAAACUGACUCCUCUCCCCUGGGAGGAGGGGCUAAUAGGACAACUGAAGCACUGCCUGGCACUGCAGAGUUAUCCAAGAUACUGGCACAGGCCCAAGUCACAGGAAUUGGACAGAACUGAGCUAGAAAUGGACCUUGAUUAGCAGCAAAUUCUGUUUCUGGAUCUCACUGAGAGAUUCAAGGUAAACAAUGCGUGGGGAAGGCACGCGGUAGAUUUGAGGAGGGGAAAAAUAUUUGUAAUUCUUAGCAAUGAGAAUUCUUGGAUUGUACUGCCUGAGUAAUAUUCUUCCGUGACUCCAGUCUCCUCACAGUAUCUGUGAUCCUGUACUACUUUACUGAUGGGAACUUCCCCUUGGAAGGCUUAAAAAUCUUUGCCAAGGAAAGUGGUCUGCAUUUCAAUAGACCCUGCCUGAUCUUGCACUUAAAAAUGCCUUGUGCUGGACUGCCUGUGACACUUUUGAGGUUUUUGAAGAAUUGCUGUGUUUUGAGUUGGUAGUUUAGCAUAGCAUCUGUUCUUGCACAUGCAUGUUCUCUUCCAUUUUUUUAAAAGCAAAUUUUAUUUAAAUAACUUAAAUUUUUAAAUAUAGACCUUUUCCUAUGGAAAGCAAGAAAAGUAAGCUAGAGUCUAAGAUGGGACCUGCAGGACAGAGUGCUGCAGGGUAACAUUGGCUACUGGUAUGAUUACUGUCCUUAAAUCCUUUGUUUCCUUUCCCCACCCCACCUGAAGCAUCUCUUAUCUGCUGUAUUUAUUCUAUACGAAGCUAUGAGCCUUCUGAGCUCUGAGGCAGAGACACCUGUGGAAAUUCUCAAUGUUUUCCUUUGAAGGGCUUGGCUCCUAGCCUGCAGAAUUCGGGAGCUCUGGGGCUUCUUGUCCUCCAAACACCUACUUUUUGCAAAGUGCUUGGACUGCCCCAAUGGUUUUUAUUAACAGCAGGUUUUACCUCAGAUAGGAUAUGGCAGCUCAGUGUAGACUUAGGAUUUCCCCUUCCAUCUCAGAGCUGUUUGAGCAGGCCUGUCUUCCACUGUGUCGCAGCAGUUUCAGGAUUGCUGGGAAGAUCUUGAAUUUCUGGACAAACCUUUGUCUCUCAAAGAAGUGACAUGGGAGUUUUAUUAUGGAGAAAUCUGAGAGGCUGAGAAGUGGAAGCUGAGGGGGGGGAAUUAUGUUGUGGGAGGAAGAGUGAGUGGGGAAAGAAGCUUGUGAUAGUGAGCUAGGGCAAAUUGAUGAGGUAAGCAUACAGGCUCAGGAUGUUUGUUGAACGUGGGUGUCCAGAGCGAGGCUUCUGUAUCUGGAGUUGCACCUUCUUUUGCAGGAUGUGGGGUCAGACAGUGUUGUCAUCGUCACCCCCACACACACACCCCCUCUUCCCGACACCUGCCAAAUGUGCUGAAUACCCGCAUCUCUCUCUUGUGACCAGUGGACAUGCCACAUGGCUGAGCCCACUCUUGGGGGUUGUAGCAGGUCAGAUAGUUAUGGUUGCAGAAGCUUAAUAUUUCAGCUUAUUUUUUAAAAAGUCUUGAACUCCAGCUCAUCCUGCUAAAUCUUCAUGGCAUUUAUAGGAUUUGGUUUCUUUAUUCUAAUGCAGCUACUGCUGCCUUUGUCUUGUCUUCAUCUCAGUGUACAAAUACACCAAAAAAACCUUCCCAUUUAUUAAGGUUCCUGGCUUUGGCUGACAUCGGAAGCAAUACCAAUCCUGUGGCAGGAAAGAGCUUGUCCUAAUGAACUGGAUUUCCAUCCUCUGCUUUUCUUUCCACUCACCAGCUGAGGCUUCUCAAUGUUUUGUUUUAGCAUUUCCCUUUAAACAUCUUUUCUUCCUCUUGCAGUGGAAUUUUUCAGAGACCUGUGGUGGUCUUUCAAGGAGGAUCCACCCACAGGUUCAUAUCUUAAUCAUUUUUUGGAUCAGGCUAGCUUGUGUGCUGCUGGUGACUAACCAUCCUGCGACACAAAGUGUUGAACAAAGUACCUGGCUACCGUGCUGCUUUGUGUGUACAGGUCAAUGAGGAGUUAACCCUUAUUGGGUUAAGACGCAAGAAGUUGCAUGUGCGUGGGUUUGGUUUGAGUGUGUGAGGAGGAGCUUGUGGUAGGAAACUAAGCAGUUACUGUGUUGGGGUGGACUUUUUUUUUGACAUUCAUGAAUUCUUGCUUAUCUUAAAGAUCUUUUUGAGAAGAUUUUUUUUCUUGAUCUUUUUAAAAUGUGGCUCUGUUCCGUAUUGUCUGGUGAUACAUUGUUGUAAACUUCCUUGGUAGAGCUGGCCUUCAGUGACUUGAAAAUUAGCUUUAUUCCACUUCUGCAGGUGUAGGGUUUUACUUGUGAUGGCAAGAGAGGUUGUCUGGGUUUACUUGUCUCUUCUCCCCAAUACCAUCCAUCUGCCAGUUCAACUCAAAAUCUGAACAGUGAGUUGAGACCUCUUGGGCUAACAUAUCAUGAAAAUCAGAUGCUGCGCUCGGAGCUUCGUUAAGCAUUCCGUUUGAUUAGAAGAGCCAGAAUAGCAUCCAGCUGAAGCUGAGUUUAAUAAUUCUAUUUGAAGCACAAGCCGAGAAUAGAAAUGGGCUAACUCUCCCAUACCUCGUUUGGCUCCAUGGCUGUAAACAAGAAAAACAAACUUCAGCCAGUGGAAAUUACUGAACUGUACGCAAGAAACAAACUUCUCGAAGAACAACUGUUCUAACAGUCACUUUUACAACUGUUCCCAUGUGAAAAUUUACCAGCCACGUUUGGGAAGUAGGAGUUUUUAUUCCAUAGAUCUUCUCACAGUGAACUCACUGUAUAUAUGAGAAAACUGAGGGGCUUCAUGAGAUUGGAAAACCUUUAUUGUUAGUGCUUUGUUAAAAAAAAAAUAUAUAUAUGGAAAGGACUGCCUCUGUUCCUGGAUAGUUAUAAACUAGUUAUUGCUCCGAUAUAUAAGGGAUGCCUUGGAACAGCAAGUUUUAACACAUAAAUAGUGGCAUUAAGUAGCCUUGUAGCUCCUGCAUGCUCCUUACUGUCUUGCAUUUGCUUGGGGGCCCUUCUGCUUGUGAAGUCAGAGCAAGGUGUUUUGUUUUGGGGUUUUUUCUUUUUCAAGCAAAGCCAGGAUAUUAUUAUGGGAACACCCAAAAGCAGUUCCAUUUGCCAAAAUAAGCCCAAAUUUGUUCAUGAAUUGACCCUUGCUUAUGUCGGAGCCUCAGACAGAAAGAAGCUUAUUGAGAAAUGAAUGGCUUUUUUCUGUUGUUAGUGUUGUGAAACUGUCCAGAAUUGUUCUUCUGGUGUUUUUGUGACUGAAUGUAUAAAAUUGUUUGUUCACCUCACAGGGGGCCCUUGGCCCCAGUACUGUUUCCUGCUGUACACCAGCUAGCGCUGUUUGAUGGUUUCACUGGAAUAGAGAAGGGAGGCCUCACACAGGUCAAAAAAUAGGCAGGGUAGCUCAUGCAAGACCCUCGGUGGUAGCCACAACAGAGGCCGGGGCGCGGAAGACGGC